GGCAGCACGCUGAGGAAACGCAAGAUGUACGAGGAAUUUCUCAGCAAGGUGUCCAUCCUAGAGUCCCUGGAGAAGUGGGAGCGCCUGACCGUGGCCGAUGCCCUGGAGCCUGUGCAGUUUGAAGAUGCUGAGAAGAUCGUGGUCCAGGGAGAGCCCGGGGACGACUUCUACAUCAUCACGGAGGGCACAGCCUCAGUCCUCCAGCGCCGGUCCCCGCACGAGGAGUAUGUGGAGGUGGGGCGCCUCGGGCCCUCGGACUACUUCGGGGAGAUCGCUCUGCUGCUAAACCGACCACGUGCGGCCACCGUGGUGGCCCGGGGACCCCUCAAGUGCGUGAAGCUGGACCGGCCUCGCUUCGAGCGCGUGCUGGGCCCCUGCUCCGAGAUCCUCAAGAGAAACAUUCAGCGCUACAACAGCUUCAUCUCGCUCACUGUCUGAGCCACGCGUGGCCGUGGGACGCCACGCUCCAUGGAGGUGGCCAGGUGGGGCUGGCAUCCUGGCAUAGGCCUCCCUCCCUCUGGACUCGCUGUUUGGAAUAAAUUCUUGCCUUGCGCACUUCAGAAACAAAAAUGCAUCCCAAGAAGCCACUGCCAGCUCCCCCCACCUCCUCCUCCUCCUCCUCCUGUGUGUCCCGCGUGCCUCUCUUGUGCCACCUGUCCCCUCUCUGAGUCCUCUGGGGAUUCUUGUUGGGCCCCACCUCUGUGCAGGUCCUGUGUUCUGCCAUGGCCCACGGGGAGGACAAGAGCUCCUGUAGCUGCCCCUGGAGCUGUCAGGUUCCCCAGGUCCAGGCCCAUGUGUGGGACAGAUUGUGUCAAGUGGGGGUGUCCCCAAAGGGACAUUGAGGCUGAGAGCAGAAGUCAAAGUUGAAGAAAGAGGAUCUAAGGCCCAGUCAGCCAUGCCCAGCUCCCAGAGGGGACCCCGACUGUGGCCAUGUGUGUGGGGACAUUGGAGAAGCGGGCUGAAUGCUGAGGCUUGUCCUCACCUCUCUUGGAAAGUCCGUCCUCCCAGGGGACUGGGCAGGCUGACCUUCCCCGGGACAGUUGGCAGAGCCCAUGGCUCCUUUCCUGGCCGGGCGCCCAGGCCGGCAGGAAACACAGCUCAGUUUGGGACUUUCCAAGACCUGGUGAGUGCACGCUAGGUCCCUUUCUCUUGGGGUUGGGGAGCGGAACCCCGACUGGUCCUAUGUCUGUUGGAGCCCUCACAGGACAGGAAGGGUUUCUGCAGCAUUCUGGAUAACGCUGUAGGACCGGAAGUUCCUUCCGGUCUGGUUCUCAGAUUCAUCUCCGUGGAGUCCAGUCCCAGCCCCGGGGAAGCCUGUGUGUCCCUUCCCCGAUGUGAGGAACAAAUAAGGGAAGCCAGCCUUGGGCACCCCCAUACCUGUGAACCAUCUGCAACCAGUUUGUCCCUUAAACGUGUCCCUUAAAUGUGUUGAUUUGAGCCAGCCAGGCCUGAGUGGCUGCAUGAGUGCCUCUGGGUGAUGGACACGCGAAGCAACAAUCCUACCCACCCAGUCUUGCCCUGCCGUGCAUAUCCAGGUUGGUGACCCACCUGGCUGUGACAUCGGCCCCUCCCUAUGUGGUCCUGCCCAUGCCUGUGACUCUUCGUGGACUCUGUGGACUGCUCGCUGUGCCCUGUUUACCCCAAGUGCUGCAUGAACCAUUAAAUGUGCAAUGAAAACCUCUUACUUGGGAGCUCUUG